AUGGUGACAAGUAACCAAACUUUUACGGUGACAGAGUUUCUCUUCUCUGGAUUUCCCCAAAUUGAAGAUGGUAGCCUCCUCUUCUUUAUUCCUUUGUUCUUCAUCUACAUCUUCAUUGUUACGGGGAAUCUCAUUGUAUUUUUUGCAGUCAGGAUAGAUAUUCGUCUUCAUAAUCCCAUGUAUAAUUUCAUCAGCAUUUUCUCACUUCUGGAGAUCUGGUACACCACAGCCACCAUCCCUAAAAUGCUCUCCAAUCUCAUCAGUAAGAAGAGGACCAUUUCCAUUAUUGGUUGCCUCUUGCAGAUGUACUUCUUUCAUUCACUGGGAAAUUCGGAGGGAAUUUUGUUGACUGCUAUGGCCAUAGACAGGUAUGUUGCCAUCUGUAACCCUCUCCGCUACCCGACCAUUAUGACUCCCCAGCUGUGUGCUCAGCUCUCUGCAGGCUCCUGCAUCUUUGGCUUUCUUGUGUUGCUCCCAGAAAUUGCAUGGAUUUCCACACUGCCAUUCUGUGGGCCCAAUCAAAUCCAUCAGAUCUUCUGCGACUUUGAACCUGUGCUACGCUUGGCUUGUACAGACACAUCCAUGAUUCUGAUUGAGGAUGUGAUCCAUGCUACUGCCAUCAUCUUCUCUGUCUUGAUUAUUGCCGUCUCAUAUAUCAGAAUCAUCACUGUGAUCCUGAAGAUUCCCUCUGUUGAAGGUCGCCAGAAGGCCUUUUCUACCUGUGCAUCUCAUCUUGGUGUCUUUCUGAUGUUCUAUGGCAGCGUAUCCCUCAUGUACCUGCGUUUCUCUGCCACUUUCCCACCAAUUUUGGACACAAUUAUUGCACUGAUGUUUGCAGUUCUUGCUCCCUUUUUCAACCCUAUCAUCUAUAGCUUGAGAAAUAAGGAUAUGAAGAUUGCAAUUAAGAAGCUUCUCUGCCUUCAGAAAAUGUUUAAUGCAUGUGCAAGUUAAUGUCAGAUCAUAGGCAUCUCUCACUUUGGA